CUCGAAUUCACUCUACAUUUUUCUUUGUUUUUUUGACUUUUUCCAAGUUUGCUGCAAAAUACGAUGACAACGACCUUUGCAGCUCGCAUCGCUGGCCCAGUGCUGUCGUCGCUGCUCUUUGAGUUUGCCACGACCAAGCCUCAGCUACAUGGACUGCUCUUCGGCAGCAUACGGAAGCGCGCCAUCACGACGUUCCGAGACGACUGCGAGUACGUGCACGACGAAAUCAUUGUGCACGUCGAAUCCUUCCAGGUCGUCGAGUCCGACUACGGCCUGCCCAACUUUUCCGCGUUAACAAAGGCUGAAGUGCCAGCGCACGCUCAGGUCGUCGGUUGGUUUGUUGCGCGGCAUCAAGCGACACUACUGCUCCCCACCAUACUCGAGAAAACCCUCCACACUGAGCUCCUGGCGCACUUUCGACCGUCUACCUCCUCCUCCUCCUCCUCCUCGGGUGCUCCUGCCGCUCCGUUUGUGAUGGGUCUCUUCACUGGCAAGUUGUCAGACACCCAGGCUGUGCAUUCGUUCGACUAUGUGCUUCUACGCCAUGUCACAGCGCCUCCCAGCGAAAUUCGUCAUAGCUUCAAGACAAUCCAACCGCCGUUUGUUGCGUUUGACACGACAACACCAGUAUUCGAUGCCUUGUCGCAUCGGGAGUAUCGCAUGCCCUCCGUCGAGGUGCGGCAAGCAAAGCGGGCAGACCUUGCCCUUCUUCCAGAAUUGCUCAGUGAUGAUCCGUCCACUCCAACCCCUCCCGCUUCCAGCGUGGAGGUGCUCGUCACGUCGAGCACCCUUGGUGCUUGCGACCAGCAUCACUUGCUUCCUCAUCCUCCCUCGAAGGAGCAGCACUCAAUCUUUGGUCCAGGCAGCUCGCAGACGGCCCAAAACGGCAACAUGAACCACAUGAUGAAUGCUAUGAUUCAGCGGAUACAGGGCCUAUGUCAAGAGGUAUCAUCAACCAAUGCUGCUGUCUCAGAGCUCGAGAACCGACUUGCAGAGAAGAAAGCGGCAGCGGCGGCUCGAUACCAGUCGCAUGCUGCAACAAUAACAUUUGACCACUCAAGUUCCCUUCCUUACGAAGCGCAGACUCCACUCGGUGUCGCCUAUGACUGAUGUCCGCUGGUACUGGUACUAUUUGUGACUACGCGGUCGUUUGCAUCUUGUGUUUGUUUCGUUUCAAAUCCAAGUUCUUUUGUGUUU